GCAGACACUUUCGUAGCACCAAACCUCCAACGAAAUCUUCUAAGACAUCUUGCGAGAUCUGGUUGACGACCACCUCAGAAUCACCUUCCAUUAUCACUUGAGCCAAGGAUCUUGAGGCGAUGACGGAGAUAGCAUCUCUUACUGCUAGGAGUUCUGCCAGAUGUAAGUUGACUACUCCCUGGUGACGCAUACUGGCUGCCAGCACCACAUGCCCGACUGACCCACGAUAACAAGACCAAACAAGCACCCUGAGUCACGAACAGUUGCAUCAAAGUUGAUUUUCAAAUGGUCAUCUGUUGGAGGCUACCAAGAUGAAGGAGGAGGAAUUGGAAGGAGCGAUCAGGGGGCGGAGGAGAGGAUUGAAAUUGGAGACUUGAAGGACUUGGUUGGAGAAUUGUCAUGAGCUUGGUAGAAUUCAAAAGUCACUUUAUUUCUAAACUUCCAGAUUCUCUACAGAAAACACACACAUUGGAGAAUGUGGAAUGAGGAGAUCUCAGAGAUCAUGACAUGUCGCCACCAUAGACUAAAAUUAACAGUCUGGCGGAAUCCUUGAAGUUGCUCAAUCCCACUAUGGUCCACAACUUGGUGGAAAGGGGGCAUCUGAAGAAUAGGUGUUCAUUGCUCUCUUGACGUCGCCAGCACAUAGGACAUCGAUUGAGGCAGUUAACUCCAUGGGUUUGUAGGGCAACCACUGCGGGGAGGAAAAAAACUACAACACACUUUUCGAAGCCAAAGAGAUUUUCUUUUAAAAAAAUUCAACCAAAUAAAUGGGAUGAUUACUAUUACUAAAAUAAUUAUGAGCAUAUUAAUUAUGGUAAUCAAUUCAAAUAAAUUUUCUUGUACAGCGAAUGCAAUUAUGAUAGCUAGCUUCGCCAUGUCUCGUCACAGAUAGCACCAUUGGAGUGAAGGUGGACACCCAAUACUUUGCAGCGAGAUUCUAGCCAUAAUUAAAGGAGGAUAAUGAGAUUAGGAGUUUAGUAAAUAGCUUUUUAAUAUCCCUUCCAUUAAAAAAUUGGAUUCUCAAAACUGGCCAAUAAAGACCAUAUCACGCUAUUAAUUGGACGCUUAAAUGACAUAAUUGUCAUUUGCAACGUCUCCUUAGUCCGUUGACAUUGAAUACACGAAGUAUUUAAUGGUACAUAAUUGGCCUUAACAGUACUUGCCAUUGUGGAGCAAAGGCUCGCCCAUGAUGUAACCCUCAUCCAGUAAUUAUUACUAAUUAGGGAGGAGUUAAUGAUGAAGAAAGCCGAUGUAACAGCUCAAUCCCGGCUGACACUAGCCGACAAUGGCAGCCCCACCACAGCACCGACUUCCGGCGCAUUCCGGCAGCCAAUGCAAUCAAAAGCGCAAUUUUACCUAGAAGCGUAAAAUCGUAAGUUUUUAUGUUUUAAAGCGUAGAUUUUGACAACAUGUGUAAGGAAAAAUCACGAUUCUACAUAGAAGAGUUUUGGUGACCUAAAAAGGUAAAAACCUAAGCUUUCAAGUUUUAAAGCGCGAUUUUGAUUGCAUUGCCGGAAACAACACAAGGACACAAGGACUGAUCGGCAACCUGUAAACCUUCGCCGCAAACCAUAACACUGAGUAAACCCACAUGUUAGUUAAUUCAAGUUUAGCCAAUAAAAGAGAACCAUGCUUCUAAACACAUGGUGAUGAAUAUUAACAAGAAAUACCCAGCGAGCAACAUUUCUACGGUUGAUUUCCGGUAGGGGUGGGAAUUCGGUUGCAAUUUUGCGGUUAAAUCGCUAAUCGCACCGAAAUCGCACGAUUAGUGGUUAAUCGCAAACCGAAAAAAUGGUGUAUUUUGCGAUCGCGGUUAGUAAUAUUGCAUGUUUUGCAGUUUGCGGGUUAACCAAAACCACAACCGAACAACAUGUAACCGCAUUUUAACCGAUUACUAACGCGGUUACCUACGGUUAACCGCGGUUAUUGCGAUUAACCGUGACAUAGUGCACAACCAUAGAUAAAAAUAUACGCAAAUCAGAAGAAUAUUUAGUAAUGCGGUUAACCUUGAUUAACUGUUAACCGCACUUUGCGGUUAGUGGUUAACCGCAAACCGUUUGCGGUGCGGUCGUGGUUGGCGUAUAUGGCUAGGUUUCGGUUGCGGUUAACCGUAAAUUUUGGUGCGGUUAACCACAACCGCACCGAUUCCCAGGCCUAAUUUCCGGCCAGGGCAUUCCAUCAACCGAAACAAAAAUCCUCUAAAAUAGGUUCACUAGCUUAGUUUCAUCAACAGAAAGAGCUAAAGGAUACCAGAAAUCGAAAAUCAGACCUCUUAUUCAAACGAACAACAAUCAUCACCAGAACAGAAUCUUUAGACGAGGAGGGACCGAGGAAGGGGUUCUCGGAGAGAGGCUGAAAAGACAACCGCUAGAGGGAUUUGGCAGCACAAUCGCCAGCAGAAUUGCGCAGAGUCAUUGACGAACAUUGUGAUGAAGAAGAGCACGAGGUAACAGAUGAUGGUGGCGGAGGAUAAAGUUUGGGGACAUGGGAGUCACGAGCGUUCCUCUUGGGGUCGACGACGGAGAAGAUGCUGUAAACCAAUAUGAAAGUGCCGAUGAUAUCCGCGCCACAUCCGGUAGCGAUGCCGUACUCGUAGCUACGGCUCAGAGACUAUUCUUUGAAUUUGGAAUUCCCACCAAACCUUUUUUCAAGCAUAGUUAGAAUUGUGAAAUCCUCCCAAAAUACAUGAGUCAAUUGGUUUAUAGGAAAAUCUAAAAUGAUUAUAUCAAGUCAUUUUUAAAUGUAUCGUCUCAAUAAGUCAUUUUCAAAUAACUUAUUAUUUAGUCCAGAUAUCAUAAUUUUGGUCUUGGCUAUUUUUCAUAAACCCAUUUCUAUCCUUCCGUUUAUAUUAUUUGUUUCCCCUACAUUGCUUCGUCUCCCCGUGAAAUUAUUAUUUUUCUUUCCCUAAUUUCACAGGAGACGAAGAUGUUCAUCCAUGUCAUCCCUAUCAAGCUCUCUUUACUCCAGUUCGUAUUGUCAUCCGAGUUUCUGCCUUCAAGAAUGAGUCGCAGUCCUCCCCAUGCACUAGAGCUCUCUUCUUCAUCGUUAAUGACCAACGCACUCCAUCCCAGAUCGACGCCUCCUUCUCGCCGUUCAUCUACCUAGUGACACAUCUUUACACCACCAUUUUGCAAGGCAUUUGCCACAAUUCUUUGUAAUUAUUAUAAAUUUGAGACUUACGGAGUAGUCACCUUUCGUAAACAAAGUUAACAUAGAAUUAUUAUUCUAAAUUAGAAAGUAAGAUUAUACAUGGCUCAUUUCCAAAUAAUAUGUUUUGUUGGUUGCAAAAUGAUUUUAUUUACAUGGUUGAUUUUAUUCGGAUAGGAAAAAAGACGAUAAAACAUUACAUGUAACAUCAAAAUAUAACAUUAUACAAGUAACUUAUUCAAAAAUGAUUCAUCUAAUUUUUUUCUAAACAAACAUACAAAUAUCUACUUUUGAACAAAUGAUUCGUCGUGUAAAUCACUCAUGCAAACGACACCACUGAUAACCACAAAAUCCACCACCACAUUGCUACAUAGUAAUGCCACUUGAAAAGUUAACUUUUCAAUUAGUGGACAUCUGAAUUGUCAUUUAUUAGUUCUCCUUAAACUUGCGGCCUAUUUUAUAGCCACACCCUCCACUCCAUACAUUUCUUGUUAAGCUCGUUUGGUUGUUGGAUUUGAAAAAUGAAGGUUUUGUGUUUUGAAAAUCUUUGGAUUUAUGAUUGAUUUAUUGCAUUUUAUAUUUGAAAGACAACAUUAUUUGUUUAGUUGAAUUUUUGUCAUGGAUUUAGUUCAUUUGAUAUUUGGGUCUCAAAAAUUUGCUUUCCAUAAUGUGGUAUUUGCAGAUAUCAAAUGAAAUGUUGUAUUUGCAAAUACGUGGGGUCCAUGGAUUUGAAGCUAAAAAAAUUGUCAAAAUCCUUGCGGCUCACGGAUGUACAUACCUUAACAAACAAUGACUUUGGACGAAAAACAUGAUGGUUGGUAUUUGGAUACCAAAUACAACAUCCAAAUCCCAUUAGCAACCUAAGUUAAUGGUUAACUUGGGGAUGAUGAUUUCAACUCAAUUAAAAAGUUUGACUUCGUCUAUUUAUAACGAAUGGGAAAAAGUCUAUCAUUCUUAUAAGGCCAAAGUUAUAUUACCAAACAAAGAAACGUUGUGUCGUUAAUUAUGCAUAUACUCGAAAUACAAUUUUCAUUUCCUUAACUACAUUUAUACUGCAUAUUGAGGACAAAGUUGAGCUAACUUCACCAGCUAAGGUCAAUUCUAAGUUUCAACAUCCCCACAACGCUAUCAAAUAAUAUUAAUAUUUAUAUAAAGGGUUACUACAGUUGGUCCAGAAACGACCACAUGGUCCAAUUGAAACGGAUAAGUGGCCAAACUCAACUCAGAAGUCAAGUCAGAGCUCUAAAUCCAAUUCGCCGGCUCAAAACAAAACCCACCACAAGAACCCGGCUCGCGCUCCCCACGGCCCCUCCUCCCGCUUGCUUGAGCCGGGCACACGCCAACUGCCACCAGCCCACUGUAUGUAGCCCAACGUUUGGGCUCUCUUCUUAUUGGCCCAAUAUUUUUAUCCCCUCUUACUAGACCAGGCCCCAUACGAAUCACAAGUCAAUGGGCCAAUGGCGCCAAGAGUUGUAGCGAUAAAGUAGGGGGUACGUGGCUUUAAUUCACGAGUCCAAGUCAUCAUUAUCCAAGCUUCAAAAACCGACAAUCAAUUCACCUCCACUCCCUUCCCUCCACCUCUAUCCGAAAAAACCUCGAUCCGCUACAACCGUGACCACCGAUUCGUGUCCUCGUCUCUGGUCCACAGCCGUCAGAUCAUAGUUGGAGUUUACAAUCAACCAUCAUCUACCUCGCAAUUGAAAGCGAAAGACGGAUAUCCAUCUUCUCCUCCCGCACCUGAUCGCUCAUUCCCUCCCAACCCACCAAUAAUAACGCUAGCAGAAAUUCAAAAAAGUGCGAGCGAAAUUUGCAGAGUGAACUGAGCAAGCAGAGAGCUCUAUUCCGAUGGCGAAGCCGGUCUCCAUUGAAGUCUGGAACCCAAAUGGGAAAUACAGAGUCGUCAGCACUAAAUCCAUGCCCGGAACCCGCUGGAUCAAUCUUCUCAUCGAACAAGACUGCCGCCUCGAGAUAUGUACCGAGAAGAAAACGAUCCUCUCCGUCGAGGACAUCAUCGCUCUAAUCGGCGACAAGUGCGAUGGAGUCAUCGGGCAGUUGACGGAAGAUUGGGGGGAGACUUUGUUCGCGGCGCUGAGUAAAGCUGGAGGGAAAGCAUUCAGCAACAUGGCAGUUGGGUACAAUAACGUGGAUGUUAAUGCUGCUAAUAAGUAUGGGGUUGCAGUUGGAAACACUCCUGGAGUGCUUACCGAGACCACUGCAGAGUUGGCAGCAUCGCUCUCGCUUGCGGCAGCUAGAAGGAUUGUUGAGGCUGAUGAGUUCAUGCGGGCUGGAUUAUACGAUGGAUGGCUUCCUCACUUGUUUGUUGGAAACUUGCUCAAGGGACAAACUGUUGGUGUCAUUGGGGCUGGCCGAAUCGGAUCUGCUUAUGCCAGAAUGAUGGUUGAAGGGUUCAAAAUGAAUCUCAUAUACUUCGACCUGUAUCAAUCAACGCGGCUGGAGAAGUUCGUUACUGCGUAUGGUCAGUUCCUCAAAGCAAAUGGCGAGCAACCGGUGACCUGGAAAAGAGCAUCCUCCAUGAGUGAGGUGCUUCAAGAGGCUGAUGUGAUAAGUCUUCACCCGGUUCUGGACAAGACCACUUACCACUUGAUCAACAAGGAGAGUCUUGCUACAAUGAAGAAGGAAGCUAUCCUGAUAAACUGCAGCAGGGGUCCUGUGGUUGAUGAAGUAGCUCUUGUUGAACAUUUGAAACAGAAUCCCAUGUUUCGAGUUGGUCUCGAUGUCUUUGAGGAUGAGCCUUACAUGAAACCGGGUCUUGGUGAAAUGAAGAAUGCUAUUGUUGUGCCGCACAUUGCUUCUGCUUCGAAGUGGACUCGUGAGGGGAUGGCAACUCUGGCAGCUCUGAAUGUCCUGGGGAAGAUUAAAGGGUACCCUGUGUGGCAUGACCCAAAUCGAGUAGAGCCAUUCCUGAAUGAAAAUGCUCCUCCUCCAGCUGCGAGUCCAAGCAUUGUGAAUGCUAAAGCUCUUGGUUUACCAGUUUCCAAGUUGUGAAAAAAAUGCCUGGAAUUAAAACCUGCUGCUGCGAUCAAUAUUGUAAUCUUUCUCAAAUGUUCAGGUGUAGGGCCUCUGCUCUCAACCGUGAAAGGCAAUUUACAGCCAUUUAUAAUGUACUCUCUUGAUAUCGUAAGUGGAACAUUAGCGGUAUGCGUAUUUAAACCCGAAAAAUGGCCGAUAUGCUUGUUUGGUCUCUUCCAUGGUAUGGUAUGGCAGUAUGGCUAAGCUAACCAGAAGCUUGUGGUUUCAAUAAGACGGUUUUUUUUUU